AUCUUUAUUCUGGACCCUGGAGGGAGAGAGAAUGAUCACCCAUGAGUGCAAGGACAUGGGUUCCCAGUCUUCUCUGAAGAGCAGUUUCACAAUGCACUAUGUAGCCAUUUUACAGGGAGGAGCAUCCAGGGAAUCUGCUGGGAGUUGGUGGGGGAGCUGGAUACAAGAAGGUUUCCAGUCAGUAAAAGAAAAGUCUACUGAAGCUCUGGAGUUUAUGAAACGGGACCUUGCAGAGUUUUCACAUGUGGUACAGCAUGAUACAGCAUGUACAAUUGCAGCCACCGCAAAUGCAGUGAAAGAAAGACUGAGUGCAGAAACCUCUACAGGAGCUGGACAGCAGGUGAAAAAGGGAUUAUCAAACAUUCUGGGAGUCCUCUCGGACACUUUUGCUCCUCCUCCAGACAAAACUAUUGAUUGUGAUGUUAUAACACUGGUCGCAACACCUUCUGGUACUACAGAACUCUACGACAGUACCAAGGCUCGUCUUUACAGUCUACAGGCUGAUCCAGCAACGUACUGCAAUGAGCCAGAUGGUCCGUUGGAGCUCUACGAAGAGUGGGUUGCUGAUUUUAAUCUUGAAAAUCAGAAAGGGGAAAUCUCGGACCUAUUGGUUAAUAGUCCUGCAGUGCGUGCUCUUUACACAAAAAUGGUACCAGCAGCCGUAUCUCAUUCAGAAUUUUGGCAUCGAUACUUUUAUAAACUUUAUCAGUUGGAACAGGAAGAGACCAGGAGAAUAGCACUGAAACAGAGAGCAGAGCAGACUUCUCAUGCAGAGGAGCUUCAAUGGGAAGAUGAAGAAGAUGAAUUUGUAGGUGCUUCGCCUGUCAGUUCAGAGUUUCGACAUACGCCGCAAAGUCCAUUAUUGCCUAUACAAUCUUUCGUUGCGUGCUCCAUGCUGGAGCAUUCAGUUGAACUUCCGAACCAGAAUAUUGCUGACAUUAUGCAAAUGCCAGGGGAACACCAGUCUGUAAGUGCCAUCAGCAGCCCCACAGAACUCCAGCUGAGAAGUCAAAUCUCCACUUCCAGUGAGACAUCAAGAUCUGAGGAGACUGUGAAGGAAAUUGCAGGCAAUGUAAUAGAUACCAGUGUGGAGCUGGUGGUAGAACAGGAUUUGAAGCCCAAGACUAAGGGCAGGCCUUCAAUUCCAGAGGAAGAAACAAAUGGAUCAACUAAAGAUCAAAAAAUGAAGGAGUUUACUGCAGUAUCUGGUGCAGUGAUUGAGGCAAAGAACACCAACAAACUGGAGACUACAAAAGAUGAUGGACCCAUUGAUUUGAGAGUGUAUGAACUUAACUCGGACAGUGGAAAAUCAACGCCAUCCAAUAACGGAAAGAAAGGGUCUAGCACAGACAUCAGUGAGGACUGGGAAAAGGAUUUUGAUUUGGAUAUGACCGAGGAAGAAGUCCAGUUAGCAUUAUCCCAGGUGGAUGUGUCGGAACAGCUAGAAGAUGAAGACUGGGACGAUUGGGAAUAAAAUGAAAUUGGAUAUUGCUGCUUCAGUUGAUUUCUUGAAUUCUUUCAUUCUAAUGUAAUGACAAUUGUGUUUAUAUUCUUAGCCUGUAGUGUAUAUACAGGUUUCCUGUGCCAUUGCUUCAGUAAGUUAGGGUAACAUGUUUUAUACUGCAUGCUAUUGUAUUAUAUAGCAGGCUUUUUAGCAUGUAAUUACAAAGAACUAUGGAGCAUGGGUUAUAUUUCAUUCUUUAGACUAAAGUUAUAUUCAGUGGGAGACAUUGCUAUUAUUGUUUCUAAUGAUGUUUUGUUUUUGCGUAAUUAACAGCUGGUUGGUUGUGCAAUAUAUAUUUUAAAUAUGCAUUUUCUAGCUUUCAGAUAUGGGAGACUAUUAGUUUUGUAAUUCAAAUUCCCUUAGAUCUUUUACAGAUUUGCACUUACAUCAAUUAAACUUAAAUUAUACAAGGUUAAUUGACUAAUGCUGUGUGUUUAUGCACUUUUUAAAUAAAACAAAAUGUCAGCAAAAAGUGCUAAUUGGAAAUUGAAUUUUCCAAUUUACUGAAUAGUGGUAGAGUAAUGCUCUUUGAAAAUUGGAGAUUUACCAAAAAUAGGGUUAUAAUUUUGAGCUACAUGGCAUUUCAAAUGUAUUUUUAAUACCCUUUGCUUGUAACCAGUCUCGCACUUCGACAGAUUUGCUACUCUGUAAAUGUUGAGAACCGGUUAUUGAAACAAAUAUGGGAUUAGUAAAAGAACACUCACUGUUAUUUUGUGCUGAAAAGUGUAGCAAAAGCCUCAAGGUUAAUUGUUAAUCAAGUUAAGGUAAGUAGGCUAUUGGUCAAAUCACUCACUGAAUGUUCCAUGCAUUUUGGUGAGGGGAGGGUUGGUCAGAAUGGGAAGCUGAAAAGAUUAGAUUGUUGUAUUGAUCCCAUGAAUGGAGCAGGAAACACAUGAAACAACAGUUCAGAAAUCUACUGGCUUAUUGAUCAAAUCUUCCUGUUAAAUGGUAAUGGGUACACCUGUGUUGAGCAAGCUAAAAACAAAGCAGUGCAGUUUGCCUUGGAAAGCUGAAAACUCUUUUGAAUGAAUUGGAAACACUAAUACAGUCAUUGUGCUGCACACUGAUUAUGCCUUCACUCCUGAAAUGUGUUAUUACCAUGUUACUUAUAUGAUUGAAAUUUGAAAAGCAAAAUUUUGCAUUCUAGAAAUUUUAAACAAAGAGUUUAGUGAUACUUAACAUAUCAGUCAGCAUAUGUCAAAAAAACCCAAAAGUUAGUUAAUAUUUCAGGUCUUGGAUGCUUCCUCAAAAGUCUUGUAACUAGUAUGUCAAAAGACUUGUGCAAUCUUGACAAACUGAUUGACUACUUUGCUGAGUAUUUACUAUUUAUUUUUAUUUCUUUAAUAAACUGGCACAUUUAUUUCA